AUGAGAAAGAUAGAACAGAACCAGAAUGAAAGAGAAAAGAACAAGAAAAAGAAAACGAAAGACAUGUCUAUGAAACAAAGACUUGAUGGAUCAAAAGAUGACAAGAAAGAAUCGGACGAAUCGAAACCAAUAAAAGAAAAAAAAAACGAACACGCGCGAGCGAACCUGCGACUGCGUUUCGCGAAUGCGUUUCGCGCAUGCGGAGCUCCCUGGCUGUUCUUCCGAAAGCAGGAGCGGGAGUGUGUCAGGAAGAUCUGCGAAUUUCUGGAGCCAAGGCUCUACUAUCCAGGAAUGGCACUGAUGAAGGAAGGGGAGAUGGGCUUUGAGAUGUUCAUUCUUCACUCGGGAAAAGUGGAAGUCUUGAAAGGCAGCAAGGUGGUUGCUGAACUUGGUGGCGGCGUUGUUCUAGGUGAUGUAGCGGUGCUGGGCUCGGACAAGCGAAGAAGUGCCACAGUCAAGUGCUUGGAAUGCACCUUGGUUUACGUGCUCAAUGGGGAGGUGGUCCAAGAGACCUUGGAGAAGUUUCCUGUGACCAAGACGGUCUACGACCAUGACUACAUCGCGCGCUUGCUGCGCUUUGAGCUGGAGAAGGCAGCGGAUGAGGUGGAGCACCUUGAGAAUUUCUAUGGCAAGUGCCAUCCGAUGAAAUUGGACCAGGUCAGCAGUGAGAUCUUUGGACGGAACGUGGAUUUCUAG